GAGUCACCGGGACGACAGACUGAAUCGGGCCAGAGGGUAGCUUUAACCAGACAGCCCAGACCUGUCCAGUGCCUUGCCGGUUCCAGACUGGGUUUGUGUCAGAAAAGGAGCAAGACCAUGUUGGGGACGGUGGGACCUGUGCUGUGGAUGUUCUGUGCGAUCUGGGUGGCUGCUGAUGCUAUUACUGUGGAAACCACACAGGACGUUCUUCGGGCUGCUCGAGGAAAGAGUGUCACCCUCCCAUGCAUCUACAGCACUCCUGUUUCAGACCGACAGGGAUUCAUUCAGUGGGAUAAGCUUCUCAGAAGUCAAACGGAAAAAGUGGCCACCUGGACUUUUGAGACGAAGAAAUACACCUAUGGGAGCCGUUAUGAGAACCGCGUGAGAAUAUCUAACGAUGCCGAGCUGUCGAACGCCUCUAUCACCAUCGACCAGCUGACCAUGGAUGACAAUGGCACCUACGAGUGCUCCGUCUCACUGAUGUCAGACCAGGAUGUCACCUCCAGGUCUCGAGUCCGCCUCUUAGUCCUCGUACCACCCUCCAAGCCAGACUGCGGCAUCGAAGGGGAGACAGUGAUUGGGAACAACAUCCAACUGACAUGUCAUUCUGCAGAGGGCUCUCCGAGCCCACAGUACAGCUGGAAAAGUUACAAUGCCCAGAACCAGCAGCGGCCACUAGCCCAGCCAGUCUCAGGCGAGCCCUUGCUUCUGAAGAACAUCUCCGCGGAUACAGCGGGUUACUACAUCUGCACCUCCAGCAAUGACGUGGGCACAGAGUUCUGCAACAUCACCGUGGCACCCAGACCUCCCUCCAUGAACAUUGCACUGUAUGCGGGCAUUGCGGGGGGUGUCUUUGUGGCCCUCAUCAUCAUCGGGGUCAUCGUCUACUGCUGCUGUUGCCGGGAAAAAGAUGACAAAGCUCAAGAAAUGGAGACCGUGCGACCGGACCGAGCAGCUUACCAAGAGCCUAAAAACCAGCGGACAGAAAUUUCCAGAGAGUGGGAAGAUGAGGAUGACCGCAGGCAUGAGGACCAGAGGAGCUCAGGGCGUGGCUCUCCAGACCAGCCUUUCCAGUGA